ACUUAUCUUCUCCACCUUCUCUAUCUGUAUGACUUUAACGGUUCUUAACGUUAUUAAAGGCGUCCGAGUCAUCGUGCAGCCUCAUGAGUCGCAAUCCUUCCCUGAAGAUUUUGACCUAGGGGGUUAAAUGUUGGUGACACCGGAUAGUAGGAAUGGUGGAGGCUCCUCUAUGGCCAAAGCUCAGCUCGUCCACCGCGCUGGAGCUGCUUCAGCCCGCGUGCAGCCCUCCAUACCUGAAGAGCCGGCCGAUAGCACCGAUGACAAUCACGAUGAAUACCUCGGUUCUUGCAAUAUCGAGGAUGAUGAAGAGGGGGACUAUGAAGAGUACGACGAGUUCUCCCAGCUGCCCGACACCAGGAGCAUCACCUCAGAUGACUCCUUUUAUCCGCCGGAAGACUUUGACGACUCGGAGAGGAGCCCGUCUGUGGAAAGCGAGACGGCGCCGCUGAGCUUCUUCCAGGCAUGCUGCAGCAACCAGGCGCUCACGGUGAAGUUCAUGAUACGGCGGGGCGUCACGGAGGACGAGGUCAGGGAGACGGACAAGAACAACAGGACUGGUUUGAUAGUGGCCUGUUAUCAGGGGUACGUGGACGUGGUCAUCGCACUCUCUGCGUGUCCUCAUUUGGAUGUAAACUGGCAGGACAACGAGGGCAACACAGCCCUCAUCACAGCUGCCCAGGCAGGGCACAUCACAAUCACAAACUACCUACUCAACUACUUCCCUGGCCUUGACAUUGAUAGGAGGAACUGCCUUGGUUUCACUGCUCUGAUGAAAGCUGCUAUGCAGGGCAGAGUGGACUGCGUCCGGGCUCUGAUGAUGGCAGGAGCUGAUCUGGAGGCUCGAGAUCACGGCCGUAAGUUGACCCCUCGCGAGUGGGCCUUGUACACUGGCCGCAAAGAGACAGCCUUCGUCAUGCUGCGCUUGAUGCAGCGUCCUUGUCCAGAGCAGUGUUCCGAAGCCUACAGGCCUGAGUGGCCCUUGCUGCCUGCACUGGUAUCCAAAGCCCAGCAGCCCAAAGGCUGCAUCCAGAAGAUCUCAGAGGCGAUCCGGGAAGCCCUUGACAUCAGCAACGUGACGGAAGCCACAGAGGAGGGGGUUCUAGAUCACAUGGUGCGCAUGACCACAUCUCUGGGCAGCCCCUUUAUCGCUGUGACCUGCCGAACAGUGUGUCCCGGUAGCCCCCCUUGCGUGGGCAAACGGCAGUACUCUGUCCAAGAGAUUCUAAAGAAGCAGCGGAUACAACAGCUAAAGGGUCUCGGGCCGGUACAUCUGGAGAGCUACAAGCAUCUCUUCCAGAACUCUCAGGUCACGCUGGUGCCUAAGCCCAAGGACCGGCGGGCCAGCCUGCAGUCUCAGGGUCUCAGGGACUCCUCGGACUCAUCAGCUGCAGCGGCACGGAGAGCCAGCCUCCUGCCGCUCCACCUGGUCAAGAGGAGCAGUGUGAGGCCUGGCCUGGUGGUGCCCAAACUCCGCAUCACCAAGGCCCCCCCGUCCACAUACGAGCCUGAGAAAGAGCGGAGGAAGAGUAGCAACAGCAGCGGGCAAUUCCUGCAGAUCCCUAAGUGGAGGUACAAAGAACUGAAAGAGGAGAAGAAGAAAGCAGAAGAGGCUGAGAGGAAAAAGCAAGAGGCCCUCACCAAGAGAAAAGCCUCCAAAGGCAAACGGAAGUAAUUGGGUGUGAUGAGAAUAACUGACGCUGCGAUUUAUGCAGGAUGUGUAAAACUGUCCAUGUUAAAAGUUGACGGUUCACAAUGAUGGUUGCAUCUUCCAGAAUUUACCUUAGCUUGCUAGUAGGGAUGUAAAUGAUUAAUUGUUAACCAACAAAGAGUUUGAUCAACGCUAUUGGUCAGUUACUGGUCAAAGAAUUUACAUCCCUACUUAAUAGCAACCCAUUGAGGAUUCAAGUCAUUGAUCCUUUCAGUGAUCUACAAAAUAUAUUAUAUGAACUGUAUCAUUGGACACUGGCUUGUGCACACUUCUGCAUACAUAUUAAUCAGUCAACUUUUAACAGCGUCAGUUGUUCUCUUUGCACAGGAAUUGUACACACUACUCAUCUGAGGCUGGGCCGAGCCACAGAUGGCACUCAAUACUUGAAAUGUAUUGUGCUUAUUUAUUUUCAUAUUUAUCAUUUUGAAAGCACAUAAUAGUGUUUUUUAAUAAUACUUUAAGCUGUGGCAUGAAGGGUCAAACAGAAUUCAAACACAUUUCAUUCAUUUGUCGAGGUUUGGGUACUAG